GAGCACAAUGAGUAAUUGGAUCGAUAGUUGGAUUGAUGAGCUACCUAGAGAUAAUAGCGAUGUAUCUUCGGAGAAUGAAAGUCAAUCCUCCAAUUGCAGUCUAAGCUCAUCGAGUAAAAGCAACCAGGCCGAAAGCGAUAAGGAAUACAUGUGCUCAUCGGACAAUAAAUACCAUAUUAUACGUAAAACGAAUUUAAAUCGCUUUGUGCAGAAAAUUGAUAAAGCUGCUUCGUUGGAUGAUCAGGCUGCGGAUUUGGUGGCCAAAUGUGCCAAUGCCUUUAUCAAGGAUGUUUCCAUGCGACUUGUCAAAUUGGCCAAGUAUCGGAAUGACACGCCUGGUCUAUUAGAUCUGAAAUUCACCUUAAAGCGGGAAUACAACAUGGAAUUCCCAAAGCCAAGUAACUCGGUUGCAGUACCACAGUAAAAUUUGCUUCCUUUAA